AUGAGAGGAAAAGUUUCUGUACCACCUGAAGCAUUGGCUGCACCAGAUAUGUGUGGUUAUAUGACAAAAGAAGGAAACAGUUAUAAAUCAUGGCAGAAACGUUGGUUCAUUCUAAAGGGUAUCAGAGUAUAUUACCUGGUUGAGAAGAAUGAUAAAUAUUCGAAAGGAUUCUUUGAUUUGGAUAAUAGUAGUUUAGCUAAGAAAUUGAAUACUCAAGAGAUUCAUUUGAAUACUGCGAAGCGUCUCUACAAGUUCUUUGCACCAACAAUACCAGAGACUGAUCGUUGGAUUGCCGCUCUCAAUGGUGCUGUCCAAGCAUUCCUCAAAGGAAAUCUAUUGGCUGGAACAACAACAACAACUGUCACCGUUGCAACAACCUCACCACCUGCAACUACAUCACCACCAAUUGUUUCACCAUAUCCAACUCAACCACAACCACUACAACAACCAGGACAACCACAACCAGGACAACAACAACCACAACAACAACAACCACAAUUAUAUCCACAUUUACAGCAACAACAGCAACCAUAUCCAUAUCCACAACAACAACCAAUUGUUCCAAUUUCACAAACAUCGACUACACCUCAACCAAUUGCUACUAUUACUACAACCAACUCUUCUUUGACCUCUGAAACAGAUAGUGAGAAAUCAUUGACUUCUUCAUCAACAAGCGAAAAUGGUGAUUCAAAGAGAAAUUCAUUAACUCCAACAUCGAGUACCUCUACUACUACUACAACAACAACUACCUCGACAACAGCUACAACACCUAAUCCAACAGCACCUCAAAGUUCGAUUCCAGUGUAUGGAGCACCACCAUCAACUUACACACAACCAACACAACCAACAACACAACCACAACAAGCUCAACCAGCUCAGACAAAUCAACAACAAAGACCUGUAUCACAACAAUUUGGACAACCACAAGCGCAACCACAACAACCAUACCAAUAUCAAUAUCCACCACAAGCUUACGGUCAAUACCCACCACAACAGCAACAACAAUAUCCAGUUGCCUACGCUGCAGGAACACAACCAGUUGCACCUCAACAAGGUGCUGGUGCUAAACCUGCUGCUGGUCAACCACAGGGACAACCACAAGGACAACAACCUUACCCAUAUCAAUAUCCACAACAACCACAACAAUAUCAAUAUCCAGUUGCUUAUUCAACCGGUACACAACCAGUUGCUCCUCAACAAGGUGCUAAACCAGCUGCUGGUCAACCACAAGGUCAGCCACAAAGUCAGCCACAGCCACAAGGUCAACCACAACCACAAGGAACACAACAGCAACAACAACAACAACAACCAUAUCCCUAUCAAUAUCCACCACAAGCAUACGGUCAAUACCCAUAUGGAUAUCCACAACAACAACAACAAUAUCCAGUUGCUUACGCCGCAGGAACGCAACCAGUUCCUCAACAAGGUGCUAAACCAGCAGCAGGUCAACCACAAGCGCAACCACAACCACAACAACCAUAUCCAUAUCAAUAUCCACCACAAGCAUACGGUCAAUACCCACAGCAACAAUACCCACCACAACAACAACAAUAUCCAGUUGCUUAUGGUCAACAACCAUAUCCACAACAACAACAACAACAAUAUCCAGUAGCUUAUGCACAACCAGUUGCUCCUCAACAAGGUGCUGGUGCUAAACCAGCUGCUGGUCAGCCACAACAACAGUAUCCAGUUGCAACAGCAAGUGCUCCACCUGCUUCAAAAUAA